AUGGCAGCCUCAGGAUCCUGCCCUGGGGGUGCGGGAGGGGCUAUCGGCUCCCCUGGGGCUGGGCUCUCAGCUCUCCCCCUGCUCCCCCCAGGUGAGGGCGAGCCGGGAAGGAAGGGCAAGGCGGGCGUGCGGGGGCCCCCCGGCCCACCGGGCCCCCCUGGCCCCGCUGGGGAGCCGGGCCGUCCGGGGCCCCCGGGUCCACCGGGGCCGGGACCAGGCGGCUACGUGCCGUCCUUCUACAGCCCCAAGAUCGCCUUCUACGCGGGGCUGCGCAAGCCGCACGAGGGCUACGAGGUGCUGCGCUUUGACGAUGUGGUGACCAAUGUGGGCAACUACUACGAGCCGUCCAGCGGCAAGUUCACCUGCCCGCUGCCGGGCAUCUACUUCUUCACCUACCACGUGCUCAUGCGGGGUGGCGAUGGCACCAGCAUGUGGGCUGACCUCAUGAAGAAUGGGCAGGUGCGGGCCAGCGCUAUUGCCCAGGAUGCCGACCAGAACUACGACUACGCCAGCAACAGCGUCAUCCUGCACUUGGAUGUGGGCGACGAGGUCUUUGUCAAGCUGGACGGGGGCAAGGUGCAUGGCGGCAACACCAACAAGUACAGCACCUUCUCCGGCUUCAUCAUCUACCCAGACUGA